AUGGACCGCCGCGUCACCAACCUGGAGGACUGCCUGGAGGACAAGCUCUAUGACCUGGUGCGCCUGGAUGUGAACAAGCACGCGGCCAUGCAGACGGGGCAUCUCCAAGAGAUGGAGCAAAAGGUGGAGAAAUUGGUGCACACCCUGCACACGCCUUCGGGUCAUGAGAGCGCGUCCUUGUACCAACCCCCUGGGCCCUUGGGCAGCCGCGACACCUGGCGCCAGCAGUUCCGGUCCGCGCUGAACGACUCCACCUACGUGAAGCGUGCGCUGCAGACCAACAGCCGCCUCGACCUCUCAGAUUCGACUGCACGGCCUUGA